UUUCAGGGUUAUAUGAAUUUUUGUAACAUUUUUUGUAACUUUUAAAUUGUAUGGUAAAAUAAAUUGGAAGCUUUAAUAUUUUUUUACAAAUUCUCAACAAUAAAAUGAGCACAAACUCUAAUCUUCAAAUAAAAAAAAUGAAACAGGGUAUGUCCUAUUCGGGAAAAGAGAAAACCAUUAUUAUGAACGUAUUUAAAUACUUUCGAAAUGAGUUUCCAAACCAAACAGUAACUGAAAUAGUGAGAAAAACUACAAGAGCCACUGGUUGCAGUGAGAAAAGUAUAUUUUCUUUUCGUAAGGAAGAAAUAAGCCCUCAAGGUUUUAAAGAACCAUCGAAACGAAGAAUUAGAAAGAAUAUUAAUUCAAAUAAUCGACUGAUUAAAUAUAAUGAAACUGUUAGAAAGAGAAUCAAAGAAAUUAUUUAUCAACUGAAAAAUACUAAUCCUAGUCCAAGUUUAACUACAAUUUUGAAAAGUAUAAGUGCUGAUAAUUCCCUUCCAAAGUUUUCAGUUAUGACAUUAAGGAGGCUGUUAUUUGAUAUGGGGUUUUAUUAUGAAAAGAAUGGAACAAAGACUAUUUUGCUGGAGAAGAAUUCAGAUAUGAAUUGUAAAUCCAUAAACACAGAAAAUAUCAAACCUAUUGCUUGUAACAGUUUUAAAGAAAAAGUUUUAUGUAAUAACAUAUCUGAAAACAAAAUUCAAAAAGUUGAUAAUCAACAAAGUUAUAGUGAACUCAAUUAUCAACAUAAUCAAAGAAUUUCUGUACCGAUUAAUUUUGAAGGAAACUAUUUAACUAAUCAAAAACCUAUAAUGUUUCCAUCUCGAAUACCAACUUAUGGUCUGCAUCCUUCUGGAAAUCCUUAUUACACCACCAAUACUGACAUGCAUAUGAAAAAGAAUGAUCAUUUUAUUUCAUAUGCUCCACAACAUAUUUUGCCUCAUAAUGUGUUGCAUUGAAGUUGAUGGCUUGCAGGAGUAUGUCUGUGGCUACGAGAGUACCGGUUCUACCAACCCCAGCACUAACAAAAAUAUAUUUUUUAAUAAAAGUAAGACCG